AUUCCCCCACCCUCCCGGGAGGAGCUGCCGGCCCUGGACUCUCCAAAUUCUGAGCUCUCAUCAUGGCGGCGGCGGCGGCCGCGGCGGCCGUCGGGGGGCCGCAGCAGUCCCAGCCCGAGCUGCCCGCGCCGGGGCUGGCCCUAGACAAGGCGGCCACUGCAGCUCACCUGAAGGCGGCCCUCAGCCGCCCGGACAACCGCGCAGGUGCUGAGGAGCUGCAGGCGCUGCUGGAACGGGUGCUGAGUGCCGAGCGGCCGCUGGCCGCGGCUGCGGGCGGCGAGGAGGCGGCGGCGGCCGGCGGCGGGGGCGGUCCGGGGGCGGCCGAAGAGGAGGCCUUGGAGUGGUGUAAGUGCCUUCUGGCGGGCGGCGGCGGCUACGACGAGUUCUGCGCCGCGGUGCGGGCCUACGACCCCGCGGCGCUCUGCGGCCUGGUCUGGACAGCCAACUUCGUGGCCUACCGCUGCCGGACGUGCGGCAUCUCCCCCUGCAUGUCGCUGUGCGCCGAGUGUUUCCACCAGGGCGACCACACCGGACACGACUUCAACAUGUUCCGCAGCCAGGCCGGGGGCGCUUGUGACUGCGGAGACAGCAACGUGAUGCGGGAGAGUGGGUUUUGCAAAAGGCAUCAGAUUAAAUCAAGUUCAAAUAUUCCCUGUGUACCCAAAGACUUACUGAUGAUGUCUGAAUUUGUACUUCCAAGAUUUAUUUUUUGUCUUAUUCAGUACUUAAGAGAAGGCUAUAAUGAACCAGCAGCUGAUGUCCCAUCAGAGAAAGACCUUAACAAAGUCCUUCAGCUUUUGGAACCUCAAAUUUCCUUUUUAGAAGACCUGACUAAAAUGGGAGGAGCAAUGAGGUCUGUUCUUACUCAGGUUUUGACAAACCAACAAAACUACAAAGAUCUAACUUCUGGUCCUGGAGAAAAUGCUUGUGCAAAGAAAAGUCAUGAAAAGUACCUUAUAGCUUUGAAGAGCUCUGGACUCACAUAUCCUGAGGAUAAACUUGUAUAUGGUAUUCAGGAGCCAUCUGCUGGUCCUAGCACUCUGGCAGUUCAAGGUUUUGCAGGUGCAACAGCAACAUUGGGACAAGUAGAUUCUUCAGAUGAGGAGGAUCAGGAUGGGAAUCAAGGCUUGGGCAAGAGAAAGAGGGUAAAACUGAGCAGUGGCACCAAAGAUCAAUCCAUAAUGGAUGUAUUGAAGCAUAAAAGUUUUCUAGAAGAACUUCUGUUUUGGACAAUAAAGUAUGAAUUCCCUCAGAAGAUGGUCACUUUCUUACUCAACAUGCUUCCAGAUCAAGAGUAUAAGGUUGCUUUUACAAAAACAUUUGUUCAACAUUACGCUUUUAUUAUGAAAACACUGAAGAAAAGUCAUGAAUCAGACACAAUGUCUAAUAGAAUUGUGCAUAUUAGUGUUCAGUUGUUCAGCAAUGAGGAACUAGCCAGACAGGUAACAGAAGAAUGUCAGCUGCUGGAUAUUAUGGUCACUGUGCUAUUAUACAUGAUGGAAAGUUGCCUUAUUAAAAGUGAGCUACAAGAUGAAGAAAAUAGUUUACAUGUGGUGGUGAACUGUGGAGAAGCAUUACUGAAGAAUAAUACUUAUUGGCCUCUUGUUAGUGAUUUUAUUAAUAUUCUGUCUCAUCAAAGUGUGGCUAAGAGAUUUUUGGAGGACCAUGGUUUGUUAGUUACAUGGAUGAACUUUGUAUCUUUCUUUCAAGGUAUGAACUUAAACAAGCGAGAACUGAAUGAGCAUGUGGAAUUUGAGUCUCAGACCUAUUAUGCUGCCUUUGCUGCUGAACUUGAGGCCUGCGCACAGCCAAUGUGGGGGCUCUUAUCACAUUGUAAAAUUAGGGAAACUCAAGAAUAUACCCGAAAUGUUGUAAGAUAUUGCCUUGAAGCCCUUCAAGAUUGGUUUGAUGCUAUUAACUUCGUAGAUGAGCCAGCUCCUAACCAAGUCACUUUUCAUCUGCCACUACAUCGUUACUAUGCUAUGUUUUUGAGUAAGGCUGUAAAAUGUCAAGAACUAGAUUUGGAUUCUGUUUUACCAGAUCAGGAGAUGUUAAUGAAACUAAUGAUUCACCCACUCCAAAUUCAAGCAAGUCUUGCUGAAAUCCAUAGCAAUAUGUGGGUACGAAAUGGUUUGCAAAUCAAAGGACAAGCCAUGACCUAUGUCCAGUCUCAUUUCUGUAAUUCCAUGAUAGAUCCUGACAUUUACUUAUUACAGGUUUGUGCUUCUAGACUUGACCCAGAUUAUUUUAUAUCAUCUGUCUUUGAACGAUUUAAGGUGGUUGAUUUAUUGACAAUGGCAUCGCAACAUCAAAAUACAGUACUUGAUGCAGAGCACGAAAGAUCAAUGCUAGAAGGAGCUCUUACAUUUCUUGUGAUUCUUUUGAGUCUUCGUUUACAUUUAGGAAUGUCUGAUGAUGAGAUUCUCAGGGCAGAGAUGGUAGCCCAGCUAUGUAUGAAUGACAGGACACACAGUUCGUUGUUGGACCUCAUUCCAGAAAAUCCCAACCCCAAAAGUGGCAUUAUCCCAGGUAGUUACAGCUUCGAAUCUGUUUUAUCAGCUGUAGCUGAUUUUAAGGCUCCUGUUUUUGAACCUGGAGGUUCUAUGCAACAAGGCAUGUAUACUCCCAAAGCUGAAGUCUGGGAUCAGGAGUUUGACCCUGUCAUGGUCAUUCUUCGAACAGUUUACCGUAGAGACGUGCAGUCUGCAAUGGACAGAUAUACAGCAUUUUUAAAACAGAGUGGAAAAUUCCCUGGAAAUCCCUGGCCUCCUUAUAAGAAAAGGACAUCACUCCAUCCUAGCUAUAAAGGUCUCAUGAGACUUUUGCACUGUAAAACUUUACACAUUGUGCUAUUCACUCUGCUCUACAAGAUUUUGAUGGAUCAUCAAAAUCUGUCAGAACAUGUACUCUGCAUGGUUUUAUAUCUGAUUGAAUUAGGACUUGAAAAUUCUGCUGAAGAUGAAUCAGAUGAAGAAACAUCAGUGGGUGGACCAGAGCGUUGUCAUGACAGUUGGUUUCCUGGCAGUAAUUUAGUAUCUAACAUGCGACACUUUAUAAACUACGUUAGAGUGAGAGUUCCAGAGACUGCUCCUGAAGUGAAGAGAGACUCACCUGCAAGCACUAGUUCUGAUAGCUUGGGUUCUUUACAAAAUUCUGGUACAGCUCAAGUUUUCAGCUUAGUAGCAGAACGUAGAAAGAAAUUUCAGGAGAUCAUCAAUCGUAGUAGCAGUGAAGCAAAUCAGGUGGUUCGUCCCAAAACUUCAAGUAAAUGGUCUGCUCCUGGUUCAGCUCCCCAAUUAACAACAGCCAUUUUGGAAAUUAAAGAAAGCAUAUUGUCUUUGCUAAUUAAGCUUCAUCACAAACUCUCAGGAAAGCAAAACUCCUACUAUCCUCCUUGGCUGGAUGACAUUGAAAUUUUAAUCCAACCAGAAAUUCCUAAAUACAGUCAUGGAGAUGGUAUAACUGCAGUAGAAAGAAUAUUACUAAAAGCUGCUUUGCAAAGCAGAAUGAACAAACGUAUCAUUGAAGAGAUAUGUAGAAAAGUGACUCCACCUGUACCACCCAAAAAAAUUACUGCAGCAGAGAAGAAAACCUUGGAUAAAGAAGAAAGGCGACAAAAGGCUAGAGAGAGGCAGCAGAAAUUGCUUGCAGAGUUUGCUUCACGACAGAAAAGCUUUAUGGAAACUGCAAUGGAUGUUGAUUCUCCUGAAAAUGAUAUUCCUAUGGAAAUCACCACAGCAGAACCACAGGUUUCUGAGGCAGUAUAUGAUUGUGUUAUCUGUGGACAGAGUGGCCCCUCCUCUGAAGACCGACCUACGGGAUUGGUUGUAUUGUUACAAGCAUCAUCAGUUUUGGGGCAGUGCCGUGACAACGUUGAACCAAAAAUGCCCAUCACUGAGGAGGAACAGAUUUACCCUUGGGACACAUGUGCAGCAGUUCAUGAUGUGAGACUUUCAUUAUUACAGCGUUAUUUUAAGGAUAGUUCUUGUCUUUUGGCAGUAUCAAUUGGCUGGGAAGGAGGUGUUUAUGUACAAACCUGUGGCCAUACAUUACAUAUAGAUUGUCAUAAAUCUUACAUGGAAUCAUUACGGAAUGACCAGGUUCUUCAGGGUUUCUCAGUGGACAAAGGAGAAUUCACGUGUCCCCUCUGUAGGCAGUUUGCUAACAGUGUUCUUCCUUGUUAUCCUGGAAGCAAUGUGGAAAAUAACCUUUGGCAACGUCCUUGUAACAAAAGCAUGCAAGAUCUUAUAAAGGAAGUGGAGGAGCUACAGGGUCGGCCAGGAGCUUUCCCAUCAGAAACCAACUUAAGUAAAGAAAUGGAAUCUGUAAUGAAAGAUAUAAAAAAUACUACUCAGAAGAAGUACAGAGGACUAUAGCAGACCCCAGGCUCACCAGACAAUGACUUUCUCUUUAUGUACUCAGUUGCUAGAACCAAUUUGGAACUUGAAUUGAUUCAUCGAGGAGGCAAUUUAUGUUCAGGGGGUGCAAGCACAGCUGGCAAGAGGUCUUGUUUAAAUCAGCUGUUCCAUGUACUAGCCUUGCACAUGCGACUUUAUAGCAUUGACUCUGAGUAUAAUCCCUGGAAAAAGCUUACACAGUUAGUAGAAGAUAUGAAUUCACAGCUAGGAAAUGAAGAACAGCAGCCUGAGGUUCCAAUUCUUUAUCAUGAUGUAACAUCCCUUUUGCUUAUCCAGAUCUUAAUGAUGCCACAACCUUUACACAAAGAACACUUCACUUGCAUUGUGAAGGUGCUUUUUACCCUACUAUAUACACAGGCUCUCACUGCACUUUCAGUUAAAUGCAGUGAGGAAGAUAGGUCAGCCUGGAAACACAUGGGAACUCUCAAAAAGAAUACAUGUGAUGCAGAAAAGUCUUAUGAAGUGUUAUUGAGCUUUGUUAUAAGUGAAUUAUCUAAAGGAAAGUUAUACCAUGAAGAAGGAAGUCAGGAGUGUUCAAUGAUUAGUCCUAUUGCUUGGUCUCCUGAAUCCAUGGAAAAGUACUUACAGGAAUUCUGCUUACCUUUCCUCAGAAUCACCAGCCUUCUUCAGCACCACCUUUUUGGGGAAGAUUUACCUAGUUGCCAGGAAGAAGAAGAAUUUUCAGUUCUUUCCAGCUGCCUGGGACUUCUGCCAACAUUUUACCAAACAGAACAUCCAUUCAUCAGUGCCUCAUGUCUGGAUUGGCCAGUUCCAGCAUUUGAUAUUAUAACUCAGUGGUGUUUUGAGAUAAAAUCAUUUACCGAAAGACAUGCAGAACAAGGAAAGGCCUUGCUUAUCCAAGAAUCAAGAUGGAAAUUACCGCACCUAUUACAGUUGCCUGAGAAUUAUAACACCAUUUUUCAGUACUACCACAGAAAAACCUGUAGUGUCUGCACCAAGGUUCCUAAAGACCCUGCUGUUUGCCUCGUUUGUGGUACUUUUGUAUGCCUGAAAGGACUUUGCUGCAAGCAACAAAGUUACUGUGAAUGUGUAUUGCAUUCUCAGAACUGUGGUGCUGGAACAGGCAUUUUCCUUUUGAUCAACGCAUCAGUGAUCAUCAUUAUUCGAGGUCACCGCUUCUGCCUCUGGGGUUCCGUGUAUUUGGAUGCUCAUGGAGAGGAAGACCGAGAUCUUAGGCGCGGCAAACCUCUCUACAUUUGUAAGGAAAGAUACAAAGUUCUUGAGCAACAAUGGAUUUCUCAUACUUUUGAUCACAUCAAUAAAAGAUGGGGUCCACAUUAUAAUGGGCUAUGACUCACCACCUCAGCAUUGCAUUAUAUCAUCAUUUUCAUUAAGAAUUUAUUUUAUCAACAAUAAGCUUUAACUUAAUUUGGGGGGAGUAAUGUUUUUGCUGAGGGAAAAAAAGAAUACAUUAUGAAGCCUUUUCAAAAUUAGGUGCUUGGUAAUCACAUUAAUGGAAUAGUAAUUUUUUUUAAUUAUCUGAAGAACAUAAUAAAUAAAUCAUUCUUUAGUGGUCAUUUUUUUAAGUGCACAAUUAAUAAAAAGCACAACUUGUCCAUAAAAUCAUUCAGAAAUUAUUCUCCCAACAAUGCAUAUCAGCUAUUCAUUGAUGCUUAGAAUGGGUGUGAUUUAUUUGAAAUUUUAUUGCUUCUUUCUAUCUGUGUUUUAAUUUGCAUCUGCUAAACAUAAUGCAUCUUUUUUCUCUGCCAUUCUUGUGUUAAUUUGAAAUUUUGCUGUAUGUAAUUAGAAAAAAAUGUAAAACAUGAUUUAUGUGAAAUAUUGUAUAGUAAAAGUUAGUCUAAAUAGUAGAAUCUUAAAUUUUUUUUCUUAUUGUGAGGAAUCUGUUAAAAGUUUAAGGCUUUGCUGAAACCUUAAUUCAUUCUCAGGAAUUUCAUAAAUAUUCUCCCCAGGUAAAUGAAAUAGCUGUAAAAUAAGUAGAUAGCGCUGUUAAUAUAAUACAGUUUGGGGGGCAUAUGUGUGAUUGAGGGGGGGGGGUCCUUAAAAAUCAAAAUUUGUGGGCUGAAGGCGUAGCUCAGCGCUACAUGCUAGCACUUGCCUAGCAUGUGCGAGGCACUGGGUUCUAUCCUGAGCACUGCAAAGAGAGAGAGAGAGAGAGAGAGAGAGAAAGAGAGAGAGAGAGAGA